ACAUGCCUGGAAUGACAUCACCAUCAUCAUCGAUGAUCAACAACACCAAUGGAUCCAUGAUGAACCAUACACGCCACAUGAUGAUGCACAUGACCUUCUUCUGGGGCAAGAACACGGAGGUCGUCUUCUCCGGAUGGCCCGGCACCAGCUCUGCCAUGUACGCACUCUGCAUCCUCGUCCUCUUCUUCACCGCCGUCUUGACGGAGUGGCUCUCCCACUCCGCCGUCCUUCUCCGCGGCGGCUGGAUCCUCCAGACCGUCGUCUACACCCUCCGGACAGGUUUGUCUUACCUCGUCAUGUUGGCUCUCAUGUCAUUCAAUGGCGGCGUCUUCAUCGCCGUCAUCGCCGGCCACGCCGUUGGGUUUCUGGUUUUCGGGAGCAGGGUUUUCCGGGGUUCCGGAGACAUGAAAACCGCCGAUCUCCCUCUCUCCCGUUGCGCUUGCUGAAGAUGAUAUAUAGUUUUAUAUGUACUGGUUUUGGUUUCUGAGAUUUAGGGCUUUUCUCUGACAUGGCGUGUGUUGUUUGUUCUCGAGGGAUCAUUUUCAUGUGUGUGAAAGCUGGAACAUAAUACUGCCGUCUCUUCUUCUUCUUCUUCUUUGAUAAAGAAACGAUAAUUAUUAGUAUUGUCCUCUUUUCAGUUUAAAUUAGAGUUAAAUUUGAUUUCUUA